AUGCGGGAGUGUGAAAAUCAUUCACCAGUAAAGACAGACCCAGUUGGAUCCCCUUUGUCUGAAUUCAGGAGAUGUCCAUUCUGGGAGCAAGAACUGGCAAAGAAGUACUCCUGCAAAAAGGGAGGCUUGCACAUGGCCCUUCUUGCGGAUGGAUACUGCAACUAUUGCCAAGACAUUUUACAAAAUGUAGAGGAUUUGCUUACUUCCUUCUGGAAGUCUCUGCAGCAAGACACAGUCAUGCUCAUGUCAUUGCCUGAUGUGGGCCAGCUCUUCAAGUGCUACGAUGUACAACUGUACAAGGGAAUUGAGGGCGUCCUCCUUCAUGACUUUUUGGAAGAUGUUUCUAUUCAGUACCUGAAAUCUGUCCGGUUAUUUAGUAAGAAAUUGAAGCUGUGGCUGCUUAAUGCUUUGGAAGGUUUUCCGGCCCUCUUACAGAUCUCCAAACUCGAAGAAGUUACUGUGUUUGUCAAAAGAAUAAGAAGGAAGACGUACCUUUUGCAACAUGGCAAAGUAGUAAGGAUGGUGUUGGAGAAUGACCGGCAGGUCCACAUUUUGAAGUCAGAUCUAUGUGCCAUCAUCAGUCAAGGCACUUUGGAUGGUUCUGAGAAAGCCCUGGCAAGGGAUCCGAGGGGCGCGGAUGACCUGGAGACGGACCUGGAGAAGCAAUGCUUAAGCAGUUUAAUUGCUUUGCUGGGAACAUCAACAGACCUCGGGGUAUUCCUGAAUUGUCUGUAUUCCAAUCUCCAAGUGUAUGUCUUCCAGCCAAGCAGAAACAAAGGGGUUAUCAAACUGGCUGCCAGGUUCCAGCUGAGAUGGAAUUUCCUUCUCACCACCGUGAGCAGAGCCCUGACCCUGUGCCACAGAGACAGUUUCGGCUCCUGGCAUCUGUUUCAUUUGCUGCUUUUGGAAUACGUGGUUCAUAUACUUCAGUCAUGCAUAGAGGAGGAGGAAGAAGAUGACACGGGAAGUCACAAGGAGAUGUUACCGGAUGACCAGUCUCUUGUCCAGCCAGACCAGGCACUUCUCUGCCCUCCAGAUGCUUCACCAUCUCAGGGACAUGAAAGCCCGGGUGUGGAUCCGCACCAGGAGACACUGAAACCCACAGGCCAGGGCCGAAGCCCCGUGGGUGUGGACAAUGUGGUCCUCAGGGUCCUGGGCUUCCUCGUGGACAUUGCCACAGGCAAUAAGCUCAUCCAGGUAUUGUGGGAAGAUGAGGCCACAGGAAGCACCGCCAGGUUCAUCCUUCCUGUCGGACAAGAAGCCCUCAUCACCCUAAGUGAUGGAAAGAAAUUUGUGAUUCACAUAUCAGAUGUACCCCAAAGCUCUGAAAAUAUUUAUUUCGGGGAAAGCAAUGCUAAUAUGUAAGAUUAUUUAUUUGACUAGGACAUAGGAAAACAUAGAUUCUCCUGCUUAAAGAUAUAUUAAAUGCUAGAUACAUUAAAUGCUACAUCUAAAUAUUAGAUGUAGCAUUGUCUAUAUUAUGUUUCUAUGUAUUUCAGGGAGGUGAUUUUGAUGAAUCAUAUAAA